CAGCUGCACACACUCUAUCACUCUUUCUUCCUCUGUCUGCAUCGUGGAGCUCUGCUGCCGUUGACCCCUGAUUCAUCUGUCCUCUGUGAGGAUGGAUAACAGAUUUUACAUCAUAUUUUUCUACUUCUUUUCAGGAGGCACAUGUUCAGAAGCAGAGCAUAAGCUCUUCUCGGUGAUAUUCUCCAACUACAAUCAGUACAUUCGGCCAGUGGAGAAUGUGUCUGAUCCGGUCAUUGUGCAGUUUGAAGUGUCCAUGUCACAGCUGGUCAAAGUGGAUGAAGUCAAUCAGAUCAUGGAAACCAAUUUGUGGCUGAGACAUAUUUGGAAUGACUAUAAACUCAAAUGGGAUCCUAAAGAGUUUGGUGGAGUAGAGUUUAUACGAGUUCCAUCAAACAAAAUUUGGAAGCCGGACAUUGUUCUCUACAACAAUGCAGUUGGAGAUUUCCAGGUAGACGAUAAAACAAAGGCUCUGCUUCGCUACAACGGUGACGUCACCUGGAUCCCUCCGGCUAUAUUUAAAAGCUCCUGCAAAAUCGAUGUCACAUAUUUCCCCUUCGACUACCAAAACUGCACCAUGAAGUUUGGUUCCUGGACUUACGACAAGGCCAAGAUUGACUUGGUACUGAUUGGUUCAACUAUAAAUCUCAAGGACUUCUGGGAGACAGGCGAGUGGAUAAUUAUUGACGCGCCUGGCUACAAGCACGACAUCAAGUACAACUGCUGCGAAGAGAUCUACACUGAUAUCACUUACUCUUUGUACAUCCGCCGCUUGCCUCUUUUCUACACCAUCAACAUGAUAAUCCCAUGCCUCCUCAUCUCCUUCCUAACUGUACUUGUCUUCUACCUGCCAUCCGACUGUGGUGAGAAAGUCACAUUGUGCAUCUCCGUCUUACUUUCUUUGACUGUCUUCCUCCUCGUCAUAACAGAAACCAUUCCCUCCACCUCACUUGUCAUACCUCUAAUUGGCGAGUACCUCCUCUUCACCAUGAUAUUCAUCACCCUCUCCAUUGUCAUCACCGUUUUUGUCUUGAAUGUCCACUACCGCACGCCUAAGACUCACACUAUGCCCUGUUGGGUGCGUCGCGUGUUUCUGGGUCUUCUGCCCCGAGUGAUGUUUAUGACCAGGCCGGAUAGGGACUCGCAGAAGGUGACAGUGGCUGGCAGUGUCGAGACAAUGCAUCUGAGAUCCUGCACUGUUCACUCUUCCAGCACCCUGCAAAAGCAACAUAAGCCCCAGGCUUUGGCAUCCAGUGUGGUGUCCAGCUUGACGAACCGCCAGCGGCUUUUUAACAACACGGAGCUCUCUGACAUGAACAACCUGAGCGAAGACAAAUGUGCUGGUUCUGGUGUCCUGUGUUGUGAAGGCCGCUGUAACUGUUGCUGGCAGAAGAGAUGUGGCAGACUGCCGUCAGACUCAGUGGGUGGGGGUGGUGGACUGGGAAGCCUUGGGGCGCUGACCGGGAACACUGGUGUUGGGACCAGACAAGACAGUCAUUGCUCCAGUUCAGAGUCUCUGGAUGGAGGAGCUUUGUCAGUUUUGCCUCUGUCUCCUGAAGUCAGAGAGGCAAUUGAAAGUGUUAAAUACAUAGCAGAGAACAUGAGACUACAGAAUGAAGCGAAAGAGGUUCAGGAUGACUGGAAGUAUGUUGCCAUGGUUAUCGAUAGGAUCUUUCUCUGGGUUUUUGUCCUUGUCUGUAUCCUGGGGACAGCUGGCCUCUUCCUCCAGCCUCUAUUACUCGGGGAUGAUAUUUGAUUGAAUUUAAAAAUACUAUUAACCCACACAUAUGAGACUGUGGCUUCUAUUUGAAAGGUGAAAAAAA